AUGAAAUCCGAAUACACCGACUCUCCCUCUGCCGACAUGGCAGCCACCAAAGAAUCCCUGGAAGAAAUGUCCGAAGAUCUCAACCACCCUCACAUCGGCCGGGAACCAACCCCCGAAGAAUCCGCAACCCUCCGCCGCGUCGCCGAUCACAUCCCUGCCUCUGCCUGGCUCGUCGUCGUCGUCGAGUUCUGUGAACGUUUCACCUACUAUGGUCUCUCGGGUCCCUUCCAGAACUAUAUCCAGUAUCCCUACACGGGUGUGAAGGGUGCGGAUCACCCUGGUGCCAUUGGCAAGGGGCAGCAGACUGCUACUGCUUUGAACUAUUUCUUCCAGUUCUUCUGCUAUGUGACCCCAAUCUUCGGAGCGAUCGUCGCUGACCAAUACCUGGGCAAAUACAAAACCAUCUGUGUCUUCUGCGGAAUCUACAUGCUCGGCGUCCUCGUCCUCGUCCUCACUUCCAUCCCCCCCGCCAUCUUUGCCAACGCCGCCCUCCCAGGUCUCGUCAUCGCCAUGAUCAUCAUCGGAUUUGGAACUGGCGGAAUCAAAUCGAACGUCUCGCCCAUGGUCGCAGAACAGUACCAGGGAACCAAACAGACUGUCAAGACCUUGAAGUCCGGGGAGAAAGUCAUCGUCUGUCCCGAUGUCACGGUCCAGUCGAUCUUUAACUGGUUCUAUUGGUCGAUCAACCUGGGUUCCUUGUCGGCGAUUAUUACGACGAAUGUCGAAAAGUACUAUGCCUUCUGGCUGGCCUACUUGAUCCCUUUGAUCAUGUUCAACGGUGCCGUGCUGGCGUUGUGGUUCGGAAAGGAUAAGGUCGUCAAGACCGAACCCCGUGGAUCCGUCCUCAUCGAAUCCUUCCGUGUCUUCUCCAUCGCCCUCCGCAACGGCCGCAACCUCGACGCCGCAAAGCCCUCCGUCAUUCAAACCCGCGACCCCUCCGAGGAAGCUACCCGUGGCAUCACCUGGGACGACAUCUUUAUUGACGAACUCCGGUUAACCCUCAAGGCCUGCUCCGUCUUCUUGUUCUUCCCCUUCUACUGGGUGAUCUACAACCAGAUCACUACCAACCUGACCUCCCAGGCCGGAACCAUGCUCCUCUACGGAAUCCCCAAUGACGUCGUCAACAACAUCGAUCCCAUCGUCUUGAUCAUCUUCAUCCCUAUUUUCGACAAGAUCAUCUACCCCACUCUCCGUCGGAUGGGCUGGGAACUCAAGCCCAUCGUCCGCAUCUCCCUCGGCUUCUUCUUCUGCGCCAUCGCCAUGGCCUGGACAGCUAUCGUCCAACACAAGAUCUACAUCACCGGCCCCAACUACGAAUGCACCCUCUGCGACGAAAACGAAACCCCCAACAACGUCUCCAUCGCCUGGCAGAUCCUCUCCUACUUCUUCAUCGCCAUCUCCGAGAUCUUUGCCUCCAUCACCGGUCUCGAGUUCGCCUUCACAAACGCCCCUGCUACCAUGAAGUCGGUCGUGAUGGCAAUGUUCCUCUUCACAAACUGUGUCGGUGCGUUGCUUGGAUUUGCGUUCUUGCCAUUGGCGAAGGACCCUUUGCUGUUGUACAUGUACGCGGCUUUGGGUGCUGCAGCAUUGGUUAUUAGCGUGAUGAUUUAUUUCUUGUUCAGGGAUUAUGACAAGACGAUGAAGAUUGAUAAGGAUGCCUUGCAGGCAAAGUACAACCUGCGCAUCGACAGCCUCGAGCACUAG